AUUCGAUCUACCCAUACUCCGCCUACAAUUCACACCUCUGAUUCCAACCCAUCAUGUCCUCAUCUCAACCGAGAAUCGCCAUCAUUGGCGCCGGCCCUGCCGGUUUGACUCUCGGUCUCCUCCUCCACAGACAUUCUAUUCCAUUCACCAUCUUCGAGCUCCGCCAAAAGCCCACCGACCAAGAACUAGCCAAACCAUCCGGGAUGCUAGACCUCCACGAAGAAUCCGGACUCGCUGCGAUCAGAGAAUGCGAGCUGUCUGAGAAGUUUCUCGAGUUUACUGGCGAAUGCGCAGAAGCCCAAAAGGUUUCUGAUAUGCAUGGCAAUAUCCUCCACACAGAUGAAGGAGAGUUGAGUGAACGUCCGGAGAUUUCUCGGCAUGCGCUCACGAAGCUCUUGAGUGAUCAUUUACCGGAUGAGGGUAUUAGAUGGGGACAUAAGCUUCUCACUGUCGCCAGCUAUAGCACAGCAACCGGCAACAAGACCGUACUUGACUUUGGUCCCCACGGAAAGCAGGUGUUCGACCUAGUUGUUGGGGCCGAUGGCGCCUGGUCUCGAGUCCGCAACCUGUUAACGGACGUGAAGCCACAUUACACAGGAACACAGAGCAUCACCAUGACUAUCCGCCAUAUCACGAGCAAGUACCCACACCUGGCAGCACUCAUCGGCCACGGCAGCUUCGCGGCACUAGGCCUCCGGCACGGCCUCAUGGCGCAGCGCGGACCACAGGACUCAGCCCGCAUCUACAUCUUCUUAACGACAGCGGACGAAAAUUUUGCCAUCUCAUCAGAGGUAGCAGGACAGACAGCCGCAGGCGCUAAGAAACGUCUUCUAAGUGAUGACAAACUGCUUGGUCGCUUUGGCUCCAUCAUCAAGGAGUUAGUGGGUGUCGCGUGCGACGAGGAAUCUGCCGACAACCCGGGUGUCAGUGUGGAUACUAAGCCACUGUACAUGCUGCCGAUUGGAGCUUCAUGGGAGCACAGGGCCAGUGCAACGCUGAUCGGGGAUGCGGCGCAUUUGAUGUGUCCGUGGGCCGGCGAGGGUGUCAACCUGGCCAUGUUGGACUCCCUCUUGCUAUCGCGUGUUAUCACAAAAGCACAUGAAAUCAGUGGGCAUAACGCUUCCUCGUUCAAGAGCAUGCUGGAUCCAUUGAUGAAGGAAUUCGAGAAAGACAUGGUGGCACGCUCCAAGGAAAAAGCGAAAGAGACGUACAGCAACGGGCAGAUGUUGUUUGGUGAAGAUGGGGCGAAGGCUUUUGCUGAUUUCUUUCUUAGCAUCUAUCAGCAGCUCGAGGAGUCACAGGCCACUGUUUAGCCAUCGCGAGAUUUGACGCAGAGAAUGCGCUUCCACAGUCGACGACAGAUCCGACGCAUAUUCUCAGCAUCUAACGGUCCCAUGCAAGAUACGUGUCCGGCAUAGCACGGUCUAAGAAAGCCUUCCAAUCCAAACCGAAUCAGUCACCCAGGCGUCCUUUCAAUCUGACCCGGAGUUAAGAGCUUGGUAGGCAUAGCAAAACAUCAAGCCAAUAGUUAGCUAAGCUGAACUUAAUAAUAAGCAACGGAGCCGGUUCUCGCUCCUCAGGGGUCGACGAGGAAUUGGUGAUUAACAUCAGGCGAAUGAGGAAAUAAGUGAACAUCAAUUGGAUGUAGAGCUGGAUGUUAAUUGGCCAGGUCGAUGGAAAGAGUGUAUGCAAAUUCAUUGUCGUCGAGACUGGUUUGUUGGAUUCAGCGGUGCUGGAAAUAGGUUUUUUUGAUGGUUGUAUAAGUUUUUAAUAUCACUCC